AUGUCUGCUGACUCUGACACACGGAAGUCCUCAGAACCUACUUCGUCCCUGUCCCUCAUUGAUGAACACGUGACCUCGGCCCUUGACCAACCUGAGACAAAUGAUCGAAGAUGCAGUGACAGCUGCAAGUCACGGACCCUUCCUCCCAGCAUAAUGCUAUGCGCGGAUGAAGCUGCCGAUAGAGAUGUCGUUAAGUCAUCUAUGACGCUACCAGGUGUUCGAAUUCGCGAGAGACAACACAUUAUGACAAUGUGUCCGGAAAUGGGAACCUCUAAUCUUCGCUUCAUUCAUCAUUCUGAGAUCAAGGGAGCAGACGUAUGUCUUUCAAACAAUAUUUUUGUCACUCAAUCAAACCCAUCGUAUUGUGAUGCAUUCUUUAGUUUUACAUUUUCUUACUCAAUCCCUUGA